AUGUUCAAUAAACGGGAAAGUGGCAAAUUCGACAAAGUUUCCCAUCUUGCCACAUUACCAGGGAUAGAAUUUUCAGCCCCUAAAGAUUUUCAUCUCUUCAAGUCUGUGGAACUUGUUUUUCAUCAGAUUAUUGAGGCACUAAAAAAUGAUAAAACUCAUGUGGUUGGCCUGUAUGGCAUGGGUGGAGUAGGUAAGACAACUUUAGCAAAAGCAGUGGGUAAGAAAGUCAAAGAAGAGGAAAUUUUUGAUGAGGUUGUGGUCAUUGUUGUAUCCCAAGCUCCAAACUUCAAAAAUAUUCAAGGUGACGUUGCAGACUCAUUAGGUAUGAAAUUGGAGGAGGAAGGUGAAGAAGGAAGAGCAAAGCUUUUGCAUUUGAGAUUUGUGGAGACUAAAAAGAAGAUCCUCAUAAUCUUAGAUGAUGUUUGGAAAAAAUUUGACUUGAAAUCUAAGAUAGGAAUUCCUUUUGGCGAUGAUCUCAAAGAUGAAGAUGAAGGAUUGACUUUACUUAAAAAGCAUGCAAGUAUACUUGAUGAUGAAUCCCAUCCAUUGAAUGAUCUAGCAGUCAAAGUUGCUAAAGAAUGCAAGGGAUUGCCAUUAGCAAUUGUAACUAUGGGGAGUGCUUUAAAAGAAAAGGGCAUUGAUGAAUGGACACUUGUGUUUGAGAAGUUAAAAAAGUCAAAACUUGUGGAUAUAUGUAAGGACAUUGAUGUUGAUGAGGAUGUAUAUGCUAUUCUCAAGAUCAGCUUUGAUUAUUUGGAGGGUAAAGAAACCAAGUUAUGUUUUUUGUUGUGUUCGUUGUUUCCUGAAGAUUAUAAAAUUCCUUUGGAAGAAUUGGUUAGAUAUGGAAUGAGGCUAGGUGUUUUUCCAGAUGUAGACUCAAUUGAACAAGCGAGGAGUCAACUGCAAGUAAUGGUUAAUAAGCUCAAAGCUUCUUGUUUGUUGACAGAUGCUAGUGAAGAGGGAUUUGUAAAAAUGCAUGAUGUGGUUCGUGAUGUUGCCUUGGGAAUAGCAUCCAGAGGAGAUAAUGUAUUUCUUGUUAAAGCUAGCUUGGGAUUGACUGAGUGGCCAAAGCAGGGAAGAGAAAUUUCCAAUGUGAUAAAGAGAUUUUCUCAGCUAGAAGAAUUAUAUGUGGGUGACUCCUUUGACAAAUGGGAAGAAGAAGAGACGAGUGUAGAAGGCAGCAAUGCUAGUCUUUCUGAGUUGAAUUCUCUAUCCAAUUUGGUUGUACUAUUUCUGAAAAUAAAUGCUAAAUGUCUUUCGAGAGACUUGGUUUUUAUUUUCAACAAAUUGGUAAGAUAUGACAUUAGUGUGAACACUGAUUCAGAGUUUUCUGUAUUAGAAUCAAGAAAAGGAGCUUUAACAGUGAAAGAUAUUGAAGCAGUCUCACUGAUUUCAUUAAAAUCUUUGUAUCAUACCUUAGAAUAUCUAUGUCUGAAAGAAGUGACAGGCUGUGAUAGUAUCCUCCCAAUCAUUGACAAAGGGGGAUUAAAUAAGUUGAUUUCUCUUGUGCUUGAAGAUUGUAAGGAUGUGAAGUGCAUCAUGGAUACAACAAAGAUGCAUGUUCCAGCCCCUACGUUCUCUAAUUUGGUGAAAUUAUCUCUUAGAAAGUUAAAUCUUCUUAGAGAAAUAUGUUGCGGUCCAUAUGAAAAGCUUCAGAGUGGUUCUCUUGAAAAUUUGGAAGCUAUACAUGUAGAAGAAUGCCCUGGUAUAUGUAGCUUAUUUCCAGCAAUGUUGCUACAGAGACUAUAUAAACUGAAAGAAGUGACAAUCCAAUCUUGCAACAAGCUGGAAGAAAUAUUUCAACUUGAUGGGCUCUGUCAUAGAAGGGAAGAAAAUCUUGCAAUGCUUUCAAGUUUAGCAAAGUUAGACUUGGCAAACUUACCACAACUGAGAUGUAUAUGGAAAUGGCCAACCCAUAUUGUAAACUUCAAAAGUCUUACAAUUGUUCAAGUGAGAGAGUGCAAAAGUUUGAUUUAUCUCUUCACUUUGUCAGUUGCUCAGAGUUUGGUCCAACUGAAAUCACUCAAAGUUAUUGGUUGUGAGAGUUUGAAGCAUUUGUUAAUGAAAGAAGGUGAUGAAUGA